UCUGUUUGCUUUCUGUUCCUGUCUUUGGUAAUGUCACCCUGUCUUUUUGUUCCACGACUUUGUCGUUUUUUUUUUAAAAAAAAUUAAAAAAAAAAAAAAUUAAAAUUUUUUUGUACCCAUGUAUAAUGCGCACCCCAGAUUUUAGGACAAUAAAUUCGUUAAAUUUUGCGCACUAUACACGGAAAAAAACGGUACUCAUGCAAGACAAAGGACAGGAACAAAAACAGUGUGAGGGAAGUGCAAACAUAGUGGAGAAGUUUUCUUCUGUCUUCAAAGGACAUGGGACUUUACCUUACACUUACAAAAUACAACUCAAAGAUGAUGCCAAGCCUGUUGUGCACGCCCCAAGGAGAGUGCCAGCACCACUCAGAGCUGGCUUGAAAAAAGAACUUGAAAGAAUGACUCAAAUGGCGGUCAUUGAGCGAGUGGAAGAACCCACAGAUUGGGUCAACUCAAUCACGUGUGUCAAAAAGAAGAACUCAGGUGCCUUAAGAGUUUGUCUUGAUCCCAAAGAUUUAAAUGAAAACAUAAAGAGAGAGCAUUAUCAGAUCCCAAAACGGGAAGAGAUCAUUAGUGAAAUGACUGGUGCUAAGUUUUUUAGUAAACUAGAUGCCUCUCACGGGUUCUGGCAACUGAGGCUUGACCCGGAAAGCAGCAAGUACACCACCUUUAACACACCAUUUGGACGUUACUGUUUCUUAAGACUCCCAUUUGGCAUUAAAUCAGCGCCAGAGAUCUUCCACAGAGCAAUGGAGUCCAUGAUAGAGGGUCUGGACGGCACCAGAGUUUACAUAGAUGACUUGGUCGUCUGGGGAAAAACACAACAACAACAUGAUGAAAGACUGGAGAAACUCUUUCAGAGAGUCAAAAAGCAUGGACUAAAACUGAAUAGAGACAAGUGUCUCUUUGGUGUCAAAGAGAUGACUUUUUUGGGAGACAAAGUCACAAGUGAAGGUGUGGAACCUGACCAGUCAAAAGUGCAAGCCAUAUUGGAUAUGCCUGCCCCCACUGACAAAAAAGGUGUCCUGAGAGCCAUGGGGAUGAUCAACUUCCGGGGAAAGUUCAUCCCUAAUCUUACCUCUAAGACGGCAUGCCUCAGGGAGUUACUGCAGCACAAUACAGUAUUUGAAUGGACUUAUCGACAUGAGAGGGAGUGGAAAAAAUUAAAGGAAACUGUAACUACAGAGCCAGUCCUCACAUUCUUUGACCCAUCAAAACCCACAAAGAUCUCCACUGAUGCCUCAAAAGAUGGUUUGGGAGCAGCACUGCUACAAAUGAAUGAGGACAAAUGGCAACCUGUAGCAUAUGCGUCUAGAUCAAUGACAGAGACCGAGCAGCGCUAUGCUCAAAUAGAAAAGGAGACUUUGGGGUUAGUGUUUGGAUGUGGAAAGUUUCACAGUUAUGUGUAUGGACUGCCAACCUUUACAGCAGAGACCGACCACAAACCGCUCAUCACAAUCAGAAAAAAGAACCUUAACGACAUGUCACCCAGAAUUCAGCGCAUGAUGAUGGCAUUGCAGCGCUACGACUUUGAGCUUAUUUACACACCUGGAAAAUAUAUUGUACUGGCAGAUGCUUUAUCUCGAGCACCAGCACCAAACAGUGGCAUGCUGGUCACCCUGGUGACUGAUGAGUCUGAAACACACAUAAACAUGGUGACUGCUUCACUCCCAGCAUCAGAUGGUAUGCUACAGAAAAUUGUACAGGAGACAGCAAAAGAUCCUCUGCUGCAGAAAGUUUCACACCAUCUACAAAAUGGAUGGUCAAGAGGAGUCUGCCCAGGGUUUUACCCUGUGCGAGCGGACUUGUGUGUGGCGGAUGGGCUGCUACUGCGACAAAACAGGAUUGUCAUCCCACAAUCCAUGCGCCAGGACAUGCUUCAGCGUAUACAUGAGGGACAUCUGGGCGUGGAGAAAUGCAAAAGGAGAGCAAGAGAAGCAGUUUAUUGGCCGGGCAUCAACAAAGACAUUGAGGAGAUGACACAGCAGUGUGAAACGUGUCUCAAACAUCAUUACAAACAAACAAAAGAGCCGAUGCUAAUCGUAGACCCACCCACUGCACCAUGGCAAAAAGUGGGAACAGAUUUGUUUCAUCUGCAUGGCAAGGACUAUCUUCUGGUGAUAGACUAUUAUUCUAACUAUCCAGAAGUUGCACAAUUAUCCAGUACAUCAGCACAGUCUGUCAUCACACACAUGAAAGGUUUUUUUGCCAGACAUGGAAUUCCGCGAUGUGUUGUCAGUGACAAUGGUCCACAAUAUGACUGUGGGGAAUUCAGUGAGUUUGCACAGGUAUAUGGAUUUCAACAUGUCACCUCUAGCCCGUUGUAUCCACAGGCUAAUGGACAAGCUGAAAAAGGGGUGCAGAUUGUAAAGAGACUGUUGAAAAAAGCAAAAGACUGUAAGGCUGGCCCUUACCUGGCUUUGCUAAGCUACAGGUCUGCAGCUCUGGAGUGUGGUGCAUCACCUGCUGGGCUACUCAUGCAUCGCAAGCUGCGCACCACACUUCCACACAUUUCAAGACACAAUGAUAACAACAACACAGAUGGACUGACUAACAAACGAAUGAGACUCAAGUACAGACAGAAAAUGAACUAUGAUAAAACCGCAACACAACUGGAACCUCUUCAGGAAAGGGAUGUUGUGAGGAUUGAGGGUCCUGAGUCCUGGGACAGAAAAGCCAGAGUCCUCAGUGAAGUAGGUCCCAGGUCUUUUGUGGUCGAGACAGAGAAUGGACAGGUAUUAAGGAGAAACAGGAGGAGUCUGUUAAAGACUCGGGACAUUGACAAUCAAGCUGAGGAGGUUGGAGCUGAACAGCCAGAAGUUGCUACUCCAGAUGUGCACCACAGUGAGCCUCCUUCACCUCCCUCAAUGACUGUGACACUCAGAAGGUCUACUAGACCUAGAAAGCCCCCUGGGAGGCUCAUAGAACAAGAGUGAACUGUUCAACUAAUAUAAAGUGAAAGAAAGUUGUUGGCACUAGGCCAGGGGUGGGCAAACUACGGCCCGCGGGCCACAUCCGGCCCACGGGACUGUUUAAUCCGGCCCGCCAACCCUGAACAAAUUGUAUUAUUAAACUUUUUUUUUUUUUGUCAUUUUGCCUGCAAUGACUACGUUUCCCCAGUAGAUGGCGAAGCGCUCGCCUGCGCAUUUACUACCGGAAGCCGUGUCAGAAAGCUCGGUGCACACUCACAAGUGCGUGUACGUAUUCAGUAGUACGGACUUGGCGCACUGUCGCUCUAUUCGUAUCAGUCCUGAAUUUAGAGCGUGGGCUUUGACGACAGCAUUCUUAUAAUUCGCGCGCUGAGCUUUCAGAUGCAGUUUUGCGCUAAAGCCACCCACAAACCUUCCCCUGGAAUCCUUCCAUUAAAAUGAGUGGCCCGAAAAAAAGAAGUGAGUGCCGAGUGUUUAAAAAAGAGUGGCCAAUUUGGCUCGACGUACGCGACGUGACGUUCAGCCACAUCAACAUCAACCCGUCACAGAUCAAGGUAAACGGACCAACACCUCGGAUCUCGCCUAAGAAUUGCCACAACAAAUUUUACUCCAGACUAUGACGCACUAGCAAAAAAGGGACACCAACAACACUGUUCCCACUGAAAAUGAACGGGAGGCUCUCAAGUUUAUUGUAAAAAAAUGCAUUUUGAAUAUGAUUUGUACACAUAGCAGGGAUUGAAACUAGCGACCAUUCUCAUUUUCAAACAAUGCAGGAUGCUCAAGGACAUUGAUGCACCACCUAUUUGCGACUAAUCUUAACCUGUAAAGUUCUUAAGGCUUACUUUAAGCAAGUGUUUCCCGUUUCCUCACCUCUGUUACCAGGUGUUUGCGAGUUAAAACUCUGCUCUGAUUUUCAGAUACCCCUCACCGUGUUGCUGUUUUGAUUACUUUAUUUGGAUGUAUGCUUUCGCCGAUUCUUCAAGAUGAUAUAUUUGGUCAGAAUGUUUGCCGUUUGAUGUGAUCCCAUAAGAUAAACAUCUUUCAUUAAUCUGACCUGCAGGCACUGAAGUGAUGGAGAUUGUUAUUCAUAAUAACAGUGUCGUAUUUUAUGAGAAUCACUGAUAGCAGUUUUUUAGUGAAUUUUUUUUUUUUUAAUGCUGUUAAUAAAUGCAUUUGUUUUCAAAAAACUUGUUUGGAAUAUCCAUGCUUUACUACCUACUAAAGGCCAAGAUCUUCUAUGCAAUGACCUUUACAGGUCGCUUAUAUGACUUCACACAACGCCUAUACCAUCUGCUCCUGGUCCGGCCCUCCGGUCCAAAUUUAGAACCCAGUUUGGCCCGCGAGUCAAAAAGUUUGCCCACCCCUGCACUAGGCACUGUUACAUAAAAAAAAAAAAAAAAAAAAGUUCAUACUUGUACUGAAUUUGGUAUGUUAAAUGUGUUAUUGAUUUUUACAGUUGUGUAAAUGUGCAGAACAAUUCAGUGUUUGAUAUUCAUUGGAUUUGAUCCAGAAAAGUUAAUGGUAUGUUGUCAUCAUAUCUAGUAUAUGGGUUAGACGACAUUUUGUGUUGCACGAUAUGUUCAUGUUGUGUUUGCCUGUUUGGAAGGGGGAUGUAAUGAUAUGUGAUUGCAGACGAUCACCCACAGAGGGCUGUAUAGCCUCAAGGGAACUCUGUAUGACGGAAUGUAUGUACAGGCAGUAGAAGAAGAGUGUUAGCAUGAGACUACGUGAGUGAUUAAAAUAAACAACUAGCUGAAGCUAGUAUAAAGUUCAA